AUGGCGGCCAGGUGGAAACUCCUCAUACUGGGUCUGUAUCUCUCUGUCAGUUUGGUCCUGUCGGAACAAGACUGCCAUGAAGGAUAUAUGCGUGUGGGCGAACGCUGCAUUGACGAGAAUGAAUGUGCUGUGGAGGAGGAUGUUGGGCCAUGUGGAGAGAAUGCAGACUGUCACAACACAAACGGCAGCUUCACCUGCCGUUGUCAUGAUGGUUUCAAAUCACCAGGGGCUGAACCAACUCCAACAUGUGUAGAUUUCAAUGAGUGUGCGGACAACAGAGGCAUCUGUGGACUUAACGCCAAAUGUCAUAAUACAGCGCCAUAUUAUUCCUGCAUAUGUGAUGAAGGAUUCAUUUCCACUAAUGGGAAGGAAAGUUUUCGCGAAGGUGACAACGUUACAUGUCAAGAUGUUGAUGAAUGUCAAGAGGAAAAGGUUUGUGGUCAAAAUGCAACAUGUUUCAACACACCAGGCAGUUAUCUCUGUGUGUGUGAUACUGGCUUUGGACUGAAAUCAGGCAAAUCUAACUUCUCUGGCAAUCAGGAGCAAUGUGAAGACAUAUGUAUGAUUGAUAAGACAAUCUGCGGAAAUGGAACCUGCCACCACGGAGCCAGCGGCCAUUACUGUGCAUGCCAUGCAGGGUUCACUAACUAUGACAACAAAGGGUCCCGCUGCACUGCUUUAAACUGUGAUGCAUUCAAAGAUAUGAGCAUGAAAGAGGAAUUUCAUGAUGCAAAGGAUCUCAUGAUGCAGUUGAAAAAAAGCUGUCUGGACCUUACAGAAAGUGAGAAUCCGACAGAGCUGGAUGGAGAGGAGCUGUUAAAGAGAAUGCUGUCUGUUAUCGAUAAGCUAUUGUCCCAUGGAGUCUUUGAUGACAACAAGUAUGUCUCCACCUUUCUGAACAUCGUGGAGAACACUCUGGGGUUCAUAGGACCUUUAAUUAAGCCCCCGGGCAUAACAAGAUCUUCCACUCACACAGAGGUUGCCCUGCGGGUACAUAAGGGGGCUGACUUACCCCAGGGAAAUGUGACUUUAUCAUCUAAGCAAGUUCGGCUGGACAUCCAGUUGGAGACAGCUGCUGGAGAUCCCUCCUAUUACCCUGGCUUUACAACAGUGGCCAUGCUGAGCUAUGCAAACCUGGAAGACUCUGCAAAUGGCUUCUUUAGUGGGAUGAAACCACAAGCGAACGAAAGCUUUAAGAUCAACUCAAAAGUUGUGACUGUUACUGUCAGUAACAGAAACACAAGCCACCUCAAAGAGCCAGUCAAAUUGACUUUCAACCACCUUAAACAGUCAAAUAAAUCCAACCACACCUGUGUGUUCUGGGAUUCCUCGGAGAAAGGGGGGUCAUGGUCUGCUCGUGGCUGCAGUGUGGUGGAGUCCAGCCCUGAACACACUGUGUGUUCCUGCAACCAUCUGAGCAGCUUUGCUGUUCUCAUGGCGCUCUAUGAGAUAAAGGACAACAACAACAAGUUUGUGUUGAAUCUGAUCACCCAAGUGGGUCUGUCACUUUCACUAAUUUGCCUGUUCCUCUGCAUCCUGACGUUCUCGCUGAUCCGCUCCAUCAAAAGUCCAAGAACCACCAUCCACCUGCACCUCUGCAUCAGCCUAUUCCUUGCGACCGUUAUCUUCCUUGCGGGCAUUUCUCGUACGGAGAGCCAGGUCGGCUGUGCAGUGGUAGCAGGGCUGCUGCAUUACUUCUUCCUGGCAGCAUUUUGCUGGAUGUGUCUGGAGGGCAUUCAACUCUUCAGGAUGGUAGUCCUGGUCUUUAAUGCUAACUUCAAAAUCCUCUACAUGAUGGCAGGUGGCUAUGGAGUCCCAGCUGUUAUUGUCGCUGUAUCAGCCUUAGCUAAUGCCAAGGGAUAUGGCACCGAAAGACAUUGUUGGUUAAACCUGGAAUUCAUUUGGAGUUUCUUUGGCCCUGCCUGCGUCAUCAUCACUGUAAACAUUUUUUUCUUUCUCGUCACUGUGUGGAAGUUGGCACAGAAGUUCACAAGUUUGAACCCUGACCUGGACAAUCUGCAGAAAAUAAAGGCGUUCACCAUUACUGCAGUGGCUCAGCUGUGUUUGUUGGGCACCAUGUGGAUCUUUGGUUGCUUCCAGUUGAACGAGAGCACAAUAAUCACAUCUUACCUGUUUACCAUCUUUGCCAGCUUUCAGGGCGUUAUGCUCUUCGUCAUGCACUGUCUGUUUUCUAAACAGGUGAGGGAAGAAUAUGGAAACAUCCUGUCCAGAUGCUGUGCACCUGGGAAGAAGAGCUACUUAAACUUCAGUUAUUCGAACACCAGCAAAGCUCAUGCAUCAAAGAGCACCCAGGACACAGGAGAGUCUCAAAUGUGAGGAGUUAAACAGUGUCGUGGGAGCAAAGUCUGAUUUAUUUCCUAAAGACUGCCAUCUCAGACAUCCGGCCAACUACUGCCCUGCCAUUUUGUGGAAAAUGCACCAGUUUGCGUCACUGCAAAAUGUUGUAAAUAGUAUCCUUAUUUACAUUCUUUGUUUUCCUUUUUUGUUACUGAGCUGGUCUGUGUAUUUGAAGCUAAAAUGCAACUGCUGGUUAUAAUUUAAUAAAUGAGAAAUUACAUUUGACAGUAUUACCAUAAUAGAGAUUACUUAUUUUAUUUGAGUAUUUAUUGAAUGAUAAAAAAUGAAUCUCUUAUUUUGGACCAAAAUAUCAAAGUGAUAGAUAAUUUUAUGAAGACCUGUUUAAUCAGGUACAUCUAACAUGGCUUGUCAUGUCAUCCAGGUACUUUAUUCAACCAGCAAAGAAAGAUAUUUCUGAGACAUGCACUAUUUUCUGUAA